AUGCCUAUCCCUAUCCACACAACGCCGCCACCGUCGCGCGUCAGCUAUAUCAUUCAGCAGCUCGAAGGAGAACGCCUUUCUAUACCUGGAAGCAAAGGCACAUUCCGCAUUCUUGCCUCGGCCAAGCAAACCGAUGGUCGAAUGUCAGUUUUCCAAAGUGGUGCUGUACUCUCCGAUGCGCCGGGAUUCCACUACCACAAAGAAGCCCACGAUGUUUUCAUGGUGACGAAGGGCUUCUUAAAACUCUGGAAUGGCGACAAAUGUCGUGUAAUGGGCCCAGGAGACUUCGCCUAUGUACCUCCCAAUAUUGUUCACAACCCCGAAUUACUUGGCCCUCAUACGGAAACACUAGGUCUAGUCGUACCUGGAGACUGGAUUGACUUUUUCCGCUAUAUCGGCCAACCAUUUGAAGGCAUCCUGGUCCCAGAACAUGAUGACCGCGAUCUGAAGUCCCACGUGAUACCGAAAGUGAUGGCGGCUCCUAAGGAUUUUGACGUGCAUUUCGUCAGAGACUAUAAUCCUCCCGCCUUGAGCGAAUGGGAAGAGACUGAAAACGUUCUUCCAUCUGGAGAGCUACAGCCGUAUUUCCUUCGUGCCAACACCGGACCUCGUUGGAUGGCUGGAGGUGUUAUGUCGCGUCCUUUUAUUACGACCAAAGAAAGCGCAGGCAAAUUCGCCAUCUCCAGCAUCGAGUCAUCCAGUUCAUAUAGCUCCUCCCUGUUUUCAGACUACGUGGCUUUCCCAACAGUGGACCAUUGCCUCUGUGUACAAGAAGGUGCCCUUCGCGUGAGUCUUAAGAGCGAUCCCGAAUGGGUAACUCUGCACGAGGGCGAGACCGUCAUGAUUGCAGCAGGAGAAUCCUUCAAGCUUGAGUUUGCGUCGAGAUAUGUCCGUGUGGUGUCUUUUACUGAUGGGCAAGGUAUCGAGGAGUUAGUCCACCAGGCGGGCACAUCUUGCCAAAGUUUCGUGCUUCCUGAUGAGGCUCCUACUCUGGAUGAGUCAAAACUUGAAACUGUGAUCAAGAAGCUGGGUGUUACACGGGGAUGA